ACUUAUCCUUAACGGAACCAUCAUCUUCCCAUGAGCAGCAAACUCACUCCAACCAUUUUUUAAGGCACUUCCAUUACUCCAUUAAUUCUGCAGAUUUCUCUCUUUCUCUCUCUCAUACACUCCCCAGUGCUGCAUAGCUCCAUGCCUUCUCCGUUCUCCUAAAGUUCAAACACUAUUUACACAAUAUCUAGAAAAUUUGUUUCUCUCUUGCUCGUAAGUUCUAACGGCUUCAUGUUUGAAACUUCAAUUUGAACAUACUUUAAGAUGGACAUGCUUAGAAUCAUGCGAGUCAGUAUGCUCUGUUGGGUAUUUUUACUACUGAGUUCCCCGUCAAAAUGUGGUACUUCAGAGGUCUCUGUGAUAUUUUUAAGGACUCCCCACGCAUUCUCGCGCUUAAACUCAGCUACAUUUGCUUUUGAAGCUCUGGAUUCCGGUAGUGGCAGCCCUUGCACAAACUGUUCCCUCACUUGCAAGCUUGAUGAUGGAAUCGCAUCAGUUUGUAAAGCAAGAAGAGUUAUCUACUCAAGCUUGAUAGAUGGAAAUCAUAGUUUUGAGGUGUGCGGCAAUGGUCCUCAAGUACUUGGCUGUGCUAGCUAUAAUUGGACUGUCGAUACAGUUCCCCCAACAGCAUAUGUUACUGCCUCAACAUCUUUCACAAGCGCUUUAAAUGUUUCAGUUGAUAUAACUUUCAGUGAACCUUGUAUAGGUGAAGGAGGUUUCGGGUGUAAAUCUGUAAAUGCUUGCAAUCUUCUGGUCUAUGGUGCAGGCCAGGUUAUACCAUCUUCCUUUACCGUUUUGCAGCCCAACCUGAAGUAUUCUCUUCUCAUAAGUUUGUCAUCCACUGUUCAAUAUGGACGUGCAAUCCUUGUAAUGGAUAGGAAUUUCUGCUCUGACAUGGCUGGUAACAGCUUUACAAGAACUACAAAUUCAAGUGUUUAUGUGCACUUUGAUAGAAGAUGGGACUACGUUAACUUGAGGACUCGUGUGCCUGAAAGGCUACUUCAACUUAACAGUGAAACUAGAACAGUGCUGGCAACUAAUGACUAUAAUAAGCUGAAGGUGUUUGUGUACUUCUCAGCACCAGUUCUAAAUUCUUCUACAGAAAUUGUAAAACAUCUCAGCAUAAAUCAGGGUUCACUUCUCCCAACUAGCGGAAAAACUCAUGCAAAUCGGAGAUUUGGAUUCUUGAUUGCUAAUGUAUCCUCGAACACAAUAAUCUCAGUGAGCUUCAAUUCAACAUCGAUAAUUAGCAGGCAGGGAAUUUCAGUUGCUCCAGUUGCACCAGUUACUUUCCUUUAUGAUUCUACUAGACCUGCUGUAAACUUGAGUACAUAUAGGAUGAGGACACAAGAACACAACGUCCAGAUAUUAAUUAAGUUUGUAAAACCUGUUUUUGGCUUCAAUUCCUCUUGCAUAUCACUGACAGGGGGGAAUUUGAGAAGCUUUCAUGAAAUAAGUAGGAGCAUAUACAUCAUUGAGCUGCAAGCGGAUGACAGCGUAGUAUCUAUCAAUGUUCCUGAGAAUGUAACUCAUGACAUUGCUGGAAACAAAAAUCUAGCAUCCAAUGUUCUACAAGUGAGGCACUGUAAGAUUCCUCUGAUUUCUAAAGUGAUUUCUGCUUUCGCAACUGCAUCUUUUGGGUUGACAUCUCUUGCUGCUGGGCUGCUUACUGUCUCCACUGCUAGCCUUCAAUAUUAUGGUGCAUUUUCAAGAUCGUCUUCUUUCUUGACCGUUGAUCCAGCAAGGAGUCUUUUUAGAAUUAUUUGCUACAUUCAGAUUUUUGCACUAUCUAAAUGGUUAUCAGUUAAGUUGCCUGUUGAAUUUUAUGAAUUUGCCAAGAAUUUGCAAUGGACUAUACCCUAUUUGUUGGUGCCAUGGGAAACAAGAAAUAUUCACCUGCUCUUGGUAGGUUCUAGUCCUUUUGGGAGUUCUAAUCCCUUUGUAUCCAAAGUUCCAGCAAAGAUACCAAACAUGAAGUUAAUAGAUAAGCUGAUUAAUUCUGCUCCAGUAUAUGGAUCGCCUCUCACUUCUUCAGAGUAUCAGCUAUAUUUUGAGAACCCGAAUGUGCAACCAAAAGCUGAGUUUAUUUCGGAUUCACAACAUUCCAGUGGGUGGAUGGACUUCUCCAGAAGCAUGUUUUGGCUGGUUGUGAUCUUUGGUGGUUUGGUGAUUCUACAUGCUUUUCUCCUGCUUAUUUUGAAAUUCAGGAAGAGAAAUUCUGAAAAACCGAAGGAAUAUGGGGCACUCACUUUUCCAAGAUUUGAGAUAUUUCUUCUAUUUCUUUCACUGCCUGGCAUUUGUAAGGCCUCUACCGCCCUUAUAAGAGUAGGAAGUUCAUCAGGAAUGGUGGUUGGUGUUCUGCUGUUAGGUUUCGUGUCAUUUGUGCUUCUAUCCUUGUUCUUGUUCCUCUCCGUUGGAAUCACGCUUGGUAAACUACUCCAGUACAAGGAAGUCCAUCAAGAAGGCCAGAAAUUUCACUGGUAUCAAGAGCUUGUUCGGGUAACACUGGGUCCAGGUAAAAGAGGCCAAUGGACUUGGAAAGAGCUACCGAACUCUGUUCGUUUAACCAUAUUUGGCCCUCUGUUUGAAGAUCUAAGAGGCCCUCCCAAGUACAUGCUUUCACAGAUUGCUGGUGGGCAUCCUCAGAGUCAAGGUGACCGCAUCAUAGCCUCUGAGGAUGAAACAGAAGAUGCAGAAGCACCUUUCAUUCAAAAGCUUUUUGGGGUUCUCAGAAUAUACUAUGUACUUCUUGAAUCUAUAAGACGAGUUUCAUUUGGGAUUUUGGCAGGUGUUUAUAAGGAGAAUGAGUCUUCCAAAACCCCAACAAUUACCAUACUCUCUAUUUCUGCAUUUCAACUCUUCUUCGUUGUGCUGAAGAAGCCAUUCAUAAAGAAAAAAGUUCAAUUAGUUGAGAUUAUCUCACUCUCCUGUGAAGUUGCUCUAUUUGCUACCAUCUUAGCACUCUUGAACAAGGAUUUUUCUCUCAGAACUGAUACUAAAUUUGGAAUCUUCAUGCUUAUUCUGUUCCUGGUAGGGUUUUUGGCGCAUAUUAUGAAUGAAUGGUAUGCUUUAUACAGACAGACAAGGCUGCUGGACCCUGAGGAGAAGUCACUCUUGGGAGGUCUAAAAAUAGCUUCCAUUGGGUUUCUCCUUUAUUUCAUUCCUCAGAGAUGCAUCAAGAGCUUGGAAAGUAGGUUACCUAAAAAUCAUGGUGCGAACGAAGAAACAAGGGAUAUUACUUUCUCAGAUGAAAGAUUCAGAAACUUAGGUGGUAGAAGCUCAGGUUCAACUGAUAAACCAUGGCUGAAACAACUGAGAGAGCUUGCAAAGGCUAGCUUUGGAAAAGAAGGAAGUCCAAAUGAUCCUUCUACUAGUACUACCAGAUGGAGUGGAAUAUGGGGAACUAAAAGGAGUGGGAGCUCUUCUAUGAACUCAUCUUCUGAUUUCAAGUCAAAACCAAGUGGAUUAUACAAAGAUUUGGAAGCCAUUUUUGCAUCCAAGUGAAAGUUUAUGAUAUAUUUAUGUAUGCGUCAGUUAUAUAGAUUUAGGGUUUGCAGAAUUAUGCAGAGCAUGUGUUCAAAAACACAUCAAAAAAACGUCAUCAGCUUUCUCGAAUGUCUUUGAAUACAUUUUGUUCAGCAUGGUUGAGAAGUGUAUAACUGCAUGUUUGCUAGAUAAACAAUUUCAAUUA